CAUCCUUUCUUCACCACCCUCAUACCCUUCAAUCUAGAGAGACAGAGACAGAGACAGCCAUGGGUGCUGACACUGCCCUUGCAAUGUUUUGUGGUCUCAUUCAUAAAAUUAAACCCUACUUAGCUAUGAUCUCCUUGCAAUUCGGCUACGCCGGGAUGUACAUCGUUACCAUGCUUUGUUUCAAAAAGGGUAUGAACCAUUACGUUCUUGCUGUGUAUCGACACGUCGUUGCUACCGUUGUCAUUGCUCCAUUCGCUUUCGUCCUCGAAAGGAAAAUAAGGCCAAAGAUGACAUUCCCGAUCUUCGCUCGGAUAUUGGCCCUCGGCUUUCUCGAGCCUGUGUUGGAUCAAAAUUUGUACUAUGUGGGUCUGAAACUUACCUCAGCAACAUUCACCUCUGUCACCAUCAAUAUUCUUCCUGCUGUUACCUUCAUUAUGGCUCUCAUUUUCAGGCUAGAAAGAGUGAACUUCAAGAAGGUUCGUAGCAUUGCGAAGGUGGUCGGAACAUUGGUGACGAUCGGCGGAGCAAUGGUGAUGACUCUAUACAAAGGACCCAUCGUCGACAUCUUCCACGGCCAAGGACGCCACGCCGCCCACCAAAGCAGCGGCAGCGAAUCCUCCGACCAGCACUGGGUCCUCGGCACUCUCAUGCUCCUCGGCAGCAUCGUCGGUUGGUCCGGCUUCUUCAUCUUGCAAUCGUUCACACUGAAGAAAUAUCCAGCGGAGCUAUCGUUGACCGCCUUGAUAUGUGUUGCCGGCACGGUUGAGGGCUCCAUUGUUACCCUUAUUAUGGAGCGCGACUUGAGCGUCUGGGUCAUCGGCUGGGACUCUCGGCUUCUCGCCGCCGUUUAUACCGGUGUGAUAUGCUCUGGACUAGCAUAUUACAUACAAGGCGUGGUAAUUCGUGAACGUGGCCCUGUUUUUGUUACCUCUUUUACCCCUCUCUGUAUGAUUAUUACCGCCAUCCUUGGCUCCAUUGUUUUGGCCGAGCAAAUUCACCUCGGAAGCAUAAUCGGAGCCAUUUUCAUAGUGAUGGGAUUAUACUUAGUGGUAUGGGGCAAAGCCAAGGACCAUAUAAACAAACCGACGAACCAAAAAAGUGGCGCCGCCACCGAAUUACCGAUCACCGCCGAGCCGGAGACAACCACCACCGCCGUCGCCGCCGAGCGUUGCUCUUCCAAGGCUCCACCGGCGUGAUCAUUGUGAGAGCUGUCGAAUCAUGAAGAAAUGAAAGAGGCGGCCCAUUUUUAUUUUGUCAACUUUUUGGUUUUUCGUUUAUUUUAAUUUUCUCAUUGGCAUCUUAAUAUAAUAU